CUAUUCUGAUGACCCAUGCGGCCCUCCGCUGAGGCCCUCCAGACACAGACCCCCCCCCCCCCGCCCCAAAGACGCGCGACCCUCGGGUGGGAGCCAGGCGGGUCCGGGGGCGCAGGGGGCCCCCCACUCCCGGCCUCAGGCGCGUCACCCCGCACAAAGGAGACGGCGGCGGGGAGGCGGCCGCGGGAGCCCAUCGCCGCUCGCCAGCCACUUGCAAUUGCGGUUUCAGACCUGCAAACUCCCCUCCCCUCGCCUCCCCGCCCGCCCGCCUUUCUGUCUCCUCUCCCCCGCCGUACUGGCCGGCGCGAGCCCAUUUCCGGGAGCCGGGGAUUUAGGACCAGCCCGGGCCGGGGGCGUGGGAGCAGGUGGUUGCGGCGGGGCAGCUGGGCCGCCUGCCGGGGACGUUUAGGGGGGGGGACCCCGUCUCUCUCCGCCUUUGUCGCCCGCACCCGCCCGGCCUCGCCCUCCCUCCCGCGGGCCGCGCGCUGCCGCCGGACUUUGCGCCGCGUCGGGCGCUGCGGGUGCGCGCGGGGCCGCGCUCGGGGCGGCGGCGGCGGGGAAGCCGGUGGCCUGGGGCCGCCCAGACCCCGGGCCGACAUGGCUGAAGUCAGCAUCGACCAGUCCAAGCUGCCGGGCGUCAAGGAAGUGUGUCGAGAUUUCGCUGUCCUGGAGGACCACACCCUGGCCCACAGUCUGCAGGAACAGGAGAUUGAGCAUCAUUUGGCAUCAAACAUUCAGCGAAACCGUUUGGUCCAGCAUGAUCUCCGGGUGGCUAAGAAACUGCAAGAGGAGGAUCUGAAAGCUCAGGCUCAGCUUCAGAAGCGCUACAAAGACCUUGAACAACAGGACUGUGAAAUUGCUCAGGAAAUCCAGGAAAAGCUGGCUAUUGAGGCAGAGAGACGGCGCAUUCAGGAGAAGAAGGAUGAGGACAUAGCUCGCCUUCUGCAAGAAAAGGAAUUACAGGAAGAGAAAAAGCGAAAGAAACACUUCCCAGAAUCCUCUGGAGGGAAUGCUUAUGGAGAAAGUUACUAUUAUGAAGAUGGAGACCAGCCACGGUCAAGGAGGGCAAGGGAAUUGGGUUCUGGAUUCUCAAGGUCCUAUAAACACCAAAGUGAUGAAAAGACUGUGAAGCAGAGAAGGGAGAAACCCAGACAUCCACCGGAGAACUGGGAAGACCUGGAAGAGCAUCAUUUAUCUGAGAAGUCUCUGUCUUCUAGCUCAUGCAAAGUGAGGGAUGAUCCCCAAAUUGUCACUGAGCUGUGUGACAGGAAGUGGUCUGGCCAUGAGAGGCCCCGGAGGCCUCCUCUUCCCAAGAUCAGCGGAGAAGUGUUUCUGAGCACGGAAGCUGAUGACCAGGAGGCUAGCAGUCGCCAUCGGACUAGCAAUUGGGACAAACAUUCCAGACACAAAGACAGGCUUUCACCAAAGUCCUCUCCAAAAGCCGGGAUUCACUGCAAGGAGGCUGCUUAUGGGAGGGAGCGUGGGCAUGGGGAGCGCAGAGAGCGGAAGCACAGGCCCAGGACUCCUCCCUUCUCAGAGAGUGAGGAGCACCUCCACCUCCAUGACACAGGAAUGAAGCCGAGGGGCGUGAAAGAAUCAGUCUCUACUCCAUCGCGAGUUACCCCCAGAAAUCAGGAAUGGUAUGAUGCUGAAAUUGCCAGAAAACUGCAAGAAGAAGAAAUUUUGGCUACCCAGGUGGAUCUGAGAGCAGCUCAAGUGGCCCAGGACGAGGAAAUUGCUAGACUUUUAAUGGCUGAAGAAAAGAAAGCUUACAAGAAAGCCAAGGAGAAAUCGUCAUUGGACAAACGAAAACAUGAUCCCGAUUGUAAGCCCAAAACAGCUAAAUCAGCACACUCAAAGACAAAAGACAGUGAUGAACCUCACCGCUCUAAGAAUGACAGGCCUGCACGACCUUCCUCCAGGCCACCACCACCUACCAUGACAGAUGCUGAGGAUUUGGAUUACACUUAUUCCACACGCCAUUUCUCAAAAUCAGAGUCUUCUCAUAAAGGUUUCCAUUAUAAGCAGUAAAAACCUAGGAAUCUGCCUUGAAAAUGGACUCACUGUAGCAAAUAUUACUGGAUGAUGCAGAAUGCACUCCACAUUUAUUUUUCCUCCUCUGUUUGUACUCCUGGGAUUUAUCCUCAAUGUUUUUCUGACCAUAAAUAAUUUUAAUGCAUUUAAAAUAUUUUGGUUAUUUCUGAUCACUUGGGCAGUACAAGAAACUUUAGCUUCUGAAUAUUGACCACCUUUACACUGCAUAUACUUCCAUGGAUAUAGUAUCUAAGAGAUCUAUAAAGUGCCAUUUUUUCUUAGGUAUGAAAUAUUGGUAUCUAGGGACUACACUUUAUUUAGGAAUUAGAAUUUAGUGAAGAUAAUGAUCAAGGUAAAUAAAAUAAUGUUUGGAUGAAAUGCAGAUCAGAAGAGUGUAAAAACAGUUGUUUUGGGAUUCAUUAAUAUAUGAUAUAUUGAAAGAGCCUUUUGCUUUUUGUACUCUUUAGGAAAAGAAAAAAAAAAUCACAACCAUAAAGUAUUUUUAAAAGAUCAUACUUGGAACAAUUGAAAUGUGUUACUCUGACUAUCAGGACUAUGGAGGUUUUGCAGAUUCUUAUACAUACUCUCCAGGGAAAAUUGGCUUAGAUGUUCUCCUCUAACACUUUCUUGCUAUUGCUUCAUCAAUAGGUCAAGACUUCUGAAGCCUAUGGGCAUUGCCCAUUGAUUAGUAUUAAUUGAAAAAAAAUAAUUCUAUAAUAUCCUAACUCAGGCCUGUGUAAAGUCCACUAAAAAUGAAAACUUUCUAUCCCUUUUUUUUACAUUCUUUUAUAUAGCCAAGGCAAGUAGAAUUGGGAAGAGGUGUUUAUAAACGAUGAUUUCAUUAUUCUCUCUGGCCAUAUAUCCAAGUUUUCCUCUUGCUUAAAACACAUAGCAAUAUUUGUUGACAACCUCAAAAAUAUUUUAUGUAUUUCUCAAUAAAUAGAUAAUUCACCAUCAAGUCGAAAUUAAUAAAGUACUUCUUUAUGCAUGUAUUUAGUUCUACACAUCAUUAGUGAUAUAUGGUCAUUUGAACCUUUAUACAAAACCUUUAAACUCCUCUUUAAGAAAUAGUCUUUGUUUAACUGCAAACCUUAUGGAAAUGCUUGUUUUCCUAUACUAGUUAGUUAACACAAAUGUCAAUCACACAUCAUCCCUUCAACUUGACUGCCUUUUAAGUUUUCACUGUAUGAAUCUGACUUUUUUGACAUUCUAGUACAGUUUUCGUUUAGGAAAGAAAUGUAUAGGUGACUUGAAAAAAGUUCAUAAUCCAUUCUUUUCCCAUUGGGAAAUGCCUUCAGUUUGCCUUAUCUUUCCCAAUAGACUUUAAAGUCAGGCAAUAUUCAGGAAGCUAUUAAGAGUAGUUUUGAGAGUGAUGUGGGUGUUUCAUUUUGAGAAGGGUCUUUAGUUUCAGAAAGUGUUUGGAUUGUAGGAAUUUGGGCAAAAGAUAUCUAAGAGUUAACUUUGAGGAGCAUGAUAAAGAAACAAAACCGUAAGGGAGGUAGUUACUUCAGAGAAACUGGGAAAGGCAAAAUAACAGGACUUUGAAUGGCCUUGAUGAAAGGCAUGAAUAAAAAGCCUUCAUUUAGCCAAUGGCAAACAAAAUGGGGUCCUGGCCUUAAGUCCAGUUGCAGAGAGGGUGGUUUCAAUAUCCAAAGCUUAGGCCUUGUUGACUUACAUGUUUUUUUGUCUGCCCUGUGAUUUUGCUUCAUGUUUUUAAAAAUUUUUAUGGUAGCUUUAAAGAAAAAAAGCAACAGUGUUUUCUUAUUUGAUAAUUAAGCAAAUGAACAAUAUAAUUUGACAUAUUUUUAUUUUAUAAAUGUUUAUUUUUAUACUCAUGCAAUGAUCAUUUUUACUUUUUUAAAUUUUGCAUUCCUCUUGCUUCUUAUGUACUUUAUUCAAUUUUAUUUAUUAUUAUGAAAUGCUAACUGGCUAUAUUUCCUUCAAAACUGUCAGGUCACUUCACUUAACACUUUACCAGAAUGUUAGUAUUUCAACUGUCUUAGUGAGUGACCAAAGGUGGUAUUUCCUUUGUGACACCCAAUUCAACAUUGUAUUGAAAAUUUGAUUUUUUUUUAAGGUUUUUAAAUGAUUAGUAUUUUUAGAACAUUUUAAUUUAACUUAAUUUUUAUUGUAAAGCACAUACUCUUUAAAGCAUAUCAGAGUAAUUCUUCCCCUGUGAAUAAGGAGACAGAAAUCAAACUCAACCAGCUAAAUCCUCUUAUUCUCAUUCAAAUAAUGUAAUUAGCUUUGAAACUAUAAAAGCAACUAACAAUGAUAUUUUUAAUGAACUGCCAAACGUUCUUCACUGUGUUCUCUGCUUUUCACUUUGUCAUUUCUAUAUAAAUGUGGAAGCAUUUAUUUUUUCCUGUCCCUACUGCUGGAACACACACAGUUUUAAUUUUUAGGCCCACAAUGUAUUAUGCUUUAAUGUUGUGAUGUAAACAAAUGAUUCUGGCCUUGGGAAACCUUUCUGUUUCUAUACCUCUGUUCUCUGGAGGCCAGGCUCUAUUAGCACCAGUAUUGCUGACUGAGCACAACGUGUUAAGGAGCCUUAUUCUGGACAGAUAACAGCCCUUUCCCCCAACCUAACUUGUUGUAAGUCAUUGCCUAAUAGCAAAGUGAGAUACGGUCAGCUUAAAUGGUCUGAGUUGAAAAAAAAAUUUUGAUUCUAGUGUCAAACCAUCGUCAGCCAUAUUAUUUAUUAGGAGACAAGACAGAACUACACUCACUUUAAGAGAACACUGAAAUUUUUAGAAAGGCACUUUGCAUACCACUGAGUUACUGUUUCUCAAAUGUCUUUACAAUAACCAGCAAUGAACAGUGUAAUGAAUGGCAAGAAAGACUGUAUGGCUUUUGAUCAUAGAAACACGGGAAUUAGAAGAGAAAGAUAAUGGAUAGUUGCUCUCAGGAGGAAAACCUUCUCAGAAUGGCAGUGGUCACUUGGAUCUAGAUCAACAUAUUCCAGAAAGGGUGAUAUUUGGCCUUGUGUUCAAUAGAACUUACAAAGGAAAUUAUGAACUGGACCCAUUUUCCCUUUUCUUCUCUACUGUGGCCUGAAGCCGAACUUGGAUGAUGAAUAUGCAUUGCUGACUUUGAUAAUAUUUUUCCCUCAGUAUCAGGACUUUCUGGUGUAAAAAUAAUUAACUUUUAACUGAUAAUUAUUUUUCUUUAAUACUGUCAAAUAUUCUUUAAAUUUGUCUUGUGCCAACUGGUUCUUUGGGAACACCUGUUAUAAUAUGGUGCAUUCAGUUUACACGUAAGUGGUUAACAUUUUAGAGCCUUGAUUUUUAACGAGUGUUGCCUUUGUAUAAAAAUUACUUUGGGGAAUAUCAAGAUUAUUUAUUUAUUCAGUGGAAAUGUCCUUAAAAGGUAACUGUGGUGAUUGGCUAUAAGAUCUUCAGCCAAAUAAAGGAACCCUGAGUAAUCAGCUUUUGGAGGGACUGAGAACAGAAUAGAACUUGCAUUCAAGGGCUUCUUUCUCUUUUGGGAAAAUAGCAGUUGUGUGGGGAAUAGUCAUGUGGGAGGCAAACACUGACCAGGUAGACUCCCCUGUAUAUAAUGUGCAAUAUUCUGAUAGCAUUGGCUUUUUAGAAACAGUCAUAAAAAAAUAAAAACCUGUUCUUUUAGCAAAAAGGAAAAAAACAGAUUUUUAAAAUACUUUGUUCAUUACUUACUGCUCUUAGUUAGAGAAGUGACUAGAUAAAUGGUCCCAUUUUCUCCUCACAUCUGGUGGUGCCUGUAAGUCUUAAAGCCAUAACUGCUUAUCUUCCUAUUGAUAGAAUCCUGUUUUCCCCUUAGCCCAUAAUAGGUAAUAUGGACAGGGAGAAGCCAACUGGAGACUGUCCCGAAAAAGCUGCAUGGGGCACAGAGUCAUCCAGAUUCCUGGUGGAAGAACCUUUGCUCCCCGCUCAUUACGGGGAAGGGUCAAGGCUGCUGUUGCGCUUGCCAUUUAACUGUUGUUGGAAAUGUUGAAAUGUGAUUGUGGAGAGGUCAAGAAGGAAGAGGUAAACUGGGACAGUCUCACUUCUACAGUCACUUUUCUGAUAAGACCUGCACUUUUUGUCAGCAAUGUCUGAGGAGCAGUAUUGCCUUAAAUUAAUUUGAUUCUAAUCGAGGUCAGAGUAUUGUACUUCUUAGCAUAUAAAUGACUGUCAAUUCUCCAUUGAGAUAUAAAAUUCACAGGUGAUCCCCAAACACCCUUGCCAUCAGGAGCUUUGGACCUCCUUCCACUUAGCUAUGGGUAACCUAUACACUGACAGGUAGAUACAUCAUUUCAUUUCAGGUUGCCUCUCUGUCUGUGGAUGAGCAGAAGAGGGAGGAGAAAAGUUCCUGGCCAGAUCUUUCAGGUUAUCACUUCCUGAAUAAUUGGCAGUUGAUGUCUUUUCUCAUUAUGACUAUGUAGAAGAUAUUUCUAAAGGUUCUAUUAUGCAUUAAAAUCAACUCAUUGUUUUAUAAGAAUUUUAUCAACACUUUUAUGUAUUGAAAUGCAUCCUGUUAAUAACAAAAAGAGAAAACUGAACAAAAUAGAGACCUUUACUUGAAAAGGGAGAUUUAUUGGUGUGAAGAAUCUUCUGGUUUAUUACUUUUAGCAGAAAAUUUACCAGAAAGACUUCUGCUAUCAUAGGGAAGACACCAGAGUUUUUUUAAAGAUUAUUUCUGAUACCACAAACACACAUAAUCAUCUAAGUCAUGUUGGUUUGUGGAAAUACCUAGUCCUAAAAACCAUUCUUUCCCUUAAAAAUUUGUGAAAACUGCCUAGAAACACAUUGCAUAGGGAGCCAGCAUUAUGCUGGUUUUAGCAUUUUCAAUAAGGACAAAAUUAAUUGUAUAGCUCAGUGCUCCAUUACUUAUCGCUGAUGUUCAUGUGAAUAGAAGAAUAGAAUAGAAGAAUUGAAAGAUAAUUUGAGUGACAUUUCCUUCACAAAAGAGGAAGGAUUAAGAACAGCGAAGAAGUUGAGAAUAUCCUGUUACUCAUCAUAUGCUCGGGAUAUGUUUUUGUUGUACUGAAUUUCAGACCCUCAUUGCUAAAAUAGCUUCUAGCUGUUAAAUUUAGAAAGGGUUUUUGAUGUCAAGAUAUUUUUAGAAUUUUUGGUUGGAUUAGUCUUUGAAGUCCCUGCAGGUUAUAACUUCAACUCAACUCUUGCUAUAAACCGAAAGUCCAAUGCCCUUCCUCAAAAAUAGCUGUAUUUUUCACCUGCUCUUCAGGGCGACCCAAUAUUUAUUUCAUGAAGUAUUGUGAAUAAGGAUGAGGUAUAGUGGGAAGAUAGCAUAUAAGAGUGAUGAUCCAAAAUGAGAAUUCUCUGGAAUGGUGUUUUCCUUACGAAGAAUCCAUCCCAGCACAAUAUUAUAUUUUGAAAGGUGCUGAAUUAUAAAGUACAGGAGAGCUCAUAUAAAUCAAGUUGCUCAGGAAAUGUGAGGUGGUGCUGUCCUUUGUCUUACGAUUUGGAAGAAUGCUCUUUUGAGAGAGAGCCUGCCCAGUACCAAGGCAUCUUCAUAUUCAUUGAUAAGAAACCUUUUGACAUUUGCAAUGUAAAUAUGUUUAAACUCGUGACUUUGUCCCAAGUGCUGGUCAGUUUGUAUCCAAGCCCCAGAGGGAACGUCAGCUUUAAAAUUGUUGUUCCAUGGAGCUGAAAGGAACCUUGAGGAAAGACAGUUGCCUGAGGCCACCUCAAACCACAUGCCUAUCUAGAGAUUCAGUAAAACUGUGAGGGACUCUUCUGUGAAUGCCUUAAAGGUGACUGAUGUUGGGAACUGGUGGGUAUGUGUUUACCCAUCUGAACUAGGCUGAUGGAAACAUGCUAUUUUAAUUCACCUUCACACAGCACAAGUCGUUCCUGCUCAUGACCUCAUCAAGGAAAACGAGAAACAUGGUGCUGGUGACUUCCAUGUGUUUUGGGAGGUUGAGGUGGGAAUGUCAUUUUGGACUCUCCAGUGCUCAAGCCUCCCUUAAAUGCCACUUACAUGUCUACAUUAACUCAUCUAUGCAAGCUUGUACUUUUUAUGGUUUGUUUUUGACACCUGUGUCCCAUCUGAUUCUUUAAACAUCAGGAUUAACAUCAAUAUUAUGAAUAAUUUUUAAGCCAAAGUAUUGUAUAAGUCUGUGUGCUUGUUUUCCUGGAUGGUCUGAAGCAAAUACCAUUAUUGUCCUUUUCUCUGAAUAAAGUCAUCCAUUUGUUAAGUCAA